UUUGAUAUUGUUAUUUUUAUAACAUAAAUGAAUUAUUAAAUUUAUUUAAAAUAAAAAUUUUUUGAUUUCCAAAGCCGCUGAGAACUUUUGCAGCGGUGGCAGCUAUUUUAAUAAUGAUAACAGGUUUAAUCGGUAAUCUGUUAACUAUUGUCGCUCUCUGUAAAUAUCCAAAAGUACGUAAUGUCACUGCAGCAUUUAUCAUCAGUCUCUGUGUGGCUGAUUUUAUAUUCUGCGUCCUAGUACUACCCUUCGACUCAAUCCGAUUUGUCAACAGCGGUUGGACUGAUGUAAGAUUUUUGUGUGUACUGGUGCCUUUUUUGAGAUACGGAAACGUCGGCGUCAGCCUUCUUUGUGUCGGUGCAAUAACUGUUAAUCGAUUUAUAAUGAUAUCACAAAACAGCCUUUAUGGCAAAGUGUAUAAAAAACAUUGGAUCGCUGUUAUGAUUGCCUUUUGCUACUUAUUUUCUUAUGGAAUGCAAGUCCCCACUCUAGUUGGAGCUUGGGGAGAGUUUGAUUACGAUUCAAAUUUGGAAACCUGUUCAAUAGUUAGGGAUUCAAGGGGUCGAAGCUCAAAGACGUUCCUCUUUGUUACCGGGUUUGUCAUACCAUGCAUUGUCAUUGUUGGCUGUUAUGCAAAAAUAUUUUGGGUUGUUCACAGUUCAGAAUCAAGAAUGCGUAAGCACGCGAGUCCAACGAUAAAGUCUCCUCAUACCCCGGGACGGGACACAAGGGAGAUAAAGCAAAAACGAAGCGAAUGGAGGAUAACCAAAAUGGUAUUAGCUAUUUUCUUGAGCUUCGUUGCUUGCUAUUUACCAAUCACCAUCGUUAAAGUCGCCGACCCAGAAGUUAGAUAUCCAGGAUUCCACGUUAUGGGAUACUUAUUGUUAUACUUUGCAUCAUGUGUUAAUCCAAUCAUCUACGUGAUAAUGAACAAACAAUACCGACAGGCGUACGCUGGUGUGAUAAGCUGCUCUAAGAUCCGCGCGAGUUUGACACCCCACGGGAGCAGCAAUCCAGGACAAAAUAAUUAUGGCCAAGGUAACCACAUCGUAACGGUCACCAAGCUCUGAUCGAAAGCACGGCUCAUUUGUGUCGUAAG